AGUCGUCACUGUUUUGUUUCAUACAGUAUGAUUUUGGUCAUGUACGUAGCAAUUCAUGUACGAUAAUUGUGGUGCGAUGAAGUUGGCAGGCCUUGAUCCUUUGACUUGUUGCAAACACUACAAGACGCCGCCUCCAUCCAUAUGAUAUAAUCUCCCUCCCCUCUCUCUUCCCCCUUCGAUCUCUGGCGUGCAUUUCUUCAUCAUCAUCUCUUCCCUUUCGUUUCUCUUUCAAUCCCUAGUUAUAUAUCUGUUUUAAUUACUUCCCGGAAACUAAGGAUUCGAGCACGACCAGGCACUUGAAGUUGGAAUGGGGAGGGCUCCAUGCUGCGAUAACGCCAAAGUGAAGAAGGGCCCUUGGUCGCCUGAUGAAGAUGCCAAGCUCAAGGACUUCAUAGACAAGUACGGCACAUGUGGAAACUGGAUUGCUCUCCCUCAAAAAGCAGGAUUAAAUCGAUGUGGGAAGAGUUGCAGACUGAGAUGGCUCAAUUACCUGCGUCCCAACAUCAAACAUGGACAGUUCUCAGAUGAGGAAGAUAGAAUUAUUUGCACCUUCUUCUCUUCCAUUGGAAGCAGAUGGUCGAUCAUAGCUUCCCAUCUUCCAGGCAGAACUGACAACGACAUCAAAAACUACUGGAACACCAAGCUGAAGAAGAAAUUCCUAGCUCUUAUUUCCUCCAUCUCUUCAUCAUCCUCCCUGGAAUUAUCUCCCACAUCGCAAGCUCCUGGAGCAGCACUGGUACUCCCUGGAAUUAUAUCCGACAAAACCCUGACUUUUGCCUCAACUUCUACCACCAGUACUCCCCUCCACGCCGAGAUGAACAGCAAUUUCAUGAUAAAUUUCGGUAACUCCGAUCCCAGCACUUGCAGCUCGUCCGGUGGCAGCUGCACCUCCAGAACUGACCAGAUCGAGUAUGAUUAUGACCAUAAUUACUGUGACAUGAGAGGAGGAUUUGAAGGAGAUCAGAAGAACAUUGAUACAAACAUAGAGAGCUACAAUUUCUAUGGUGGAGUCGAGGAGUACAGCAACUUGCUAGUUGGAGGAGGAGGAGAAGGCCACGUAGAGGCUGCACUGGAUUACACUCAUCCUGACGAGGAUUUCAGGCAUUUGCUGGGUUCCAAUUCCGAAUGCAAUAUUUUUAGUUUCUUUCUUGAUUAAUCAUCACCUAAUACUAUCGCAUGCACUGUAUUUUGUAUUAUUAUAUAUAAUUUAAGUCUCAUUAUUUAGCAUUCAUGACUGUAAUUUAUAUAUAUGUGAGUUUUUCCACGCUUCUUAAUUUAGUUGAAAUCUGUAGCACCGGCCAUCUUCUGUUUGCUCUUCUUA